AUGUCCCAGACUAAAGCAGACCUACACCACCACAGACCUGCACCACCGCAGACCUGCACCACCGCAGACCUGCACCACCGCAGACCUGCACCACCGCAGACCUACACCACCGCAGACCUGCACCACCGCAGACCUACACCACCGCAGACCUACACCACCGCAGACCUGCACCACCGCAGACCUGCACCACCGCAGACCUGCACCACCGCAGACCUGCACCACCACAGACCUGCAGCACCGCAGACCUACACCACCGCAGACCUGCACCACCGCAGACCUACACCACCGCAGACCUGCACCACCGCAGACCUGCAGCACCGCAGACCUACACCACCGCAGACCUGCACCACGACAGACCUGCAGCACCGCAGACCUACACCACCGCAGACCUGCACCACCGCAGACCUACACCACCGCAGACCUGCACCACCGCAGACCUGCACCACCGCAGACCUACACCACCGCAGACCUGCACCACCGCAGACCUGCACCACCGCAGACCUGCACCACCGCAGACCUACACCACCGCAGACCUGCACCACCGCAGACCUGCAGCACCGCAGACCUGCACCACCGCAGACCUGCACCACCGCAGACCUGCACCACCGCAGACCUACACCACCGCAGACCUGCACCACCGCAGACCUGCACCACCGCAGACCUGCACCACUGCAGACCUACACCACCGCAGACUUACACCACCGGCCUC